AGCUGAUCUCCCUAGCUCAGACAUGGUUAUGGGAGGAAGCCCUGCCUAGGAUCGCGUUUGCUCCCCUGACAGAUUGAAGUGUUGUCGCCUUUGCGCUCGUCUCACUCGCAGGUCCUCGACCCGCAAAAACCAUCGUCAGAGCAUACAGCCUUGCCGCCUUGUGCUGCGCUGAACUAGCUAAAACGAGUUUCUUCUAGUCUGACCCAAGGUCACCUGAGGCGAACCAUCUUGUCCAGGCCAAGCAGAUCGUACCAUACCAUACCUGCCGGGCCUACCACCUAAUAAUACAUUGCCCAUCAGCUAGGCAACAUCCGUCUUAAGCAAGUAAUCGUUUGCCAACGCACACAAGCAACACACGCAAUCGCCUCACCUCGUUGCCUGAUAAUAUGGUUCCACGCGCUGAGGGAAGCCAAUUGAAGAGGGCUCGGGUAUGUUUCUUUAACGGUGAUGGUCAAGAUGCCCCGGCGACGUUUGAAUCCAUUCCAAAUUCUAACAGCCUUCUUUCAGCCCUCUACUGCCGAUUCGGACGGAGAAUCUUUCAAGAAACCUCGCAGGACGGAACGUGCAGCUCACAAGGCGGAGGAAUCCACCGCGCAGCCAAAAACCCCGGUGGACACCAAGCAGCAACUGCCGUCCCCCAUCACGCAUAACCCUACCGAGGGCAGCUUCGAUGCCUACAAGGAAGGGACUGUAACACCGCCUGAGGGCCGCCCGAGCCAAGUCGCACAUCGCUCGCCAGUCCAGGGCUUCUCGUCACCACCACAGGAUACACAAGCAACACAAGCUAUUCCCUCGCAGAUCGUUGAUCCGAAGGCCGCGCUAUCCGACGAGGUCGAAGACGAGGUGAAGGAGGGCGUAUGGGGCUAUCUUUUCCCUCUCGAUACCAGAUACGGCGGCAAAUGUGUCGUUUUGCGGAAGCGUGGUUCCUGUCCUAUGCCUGACACGAACGGCAAAAGCGACGACAAGCCAUGUGACAAAGCUUCUAAGGGCUUCCCAUCGGGUGGUUAUUUGAUCGGACGGCAUCCAGAAUGCGAUAUUGUGGUUGACGACCCCAUCGUCUCAAAUCGACACUGCCUCAUAUUUGCCGAGCACAAGGGCAACGACACUGUAGUCAUUCUUGAGGAUCUAUCCAGUAACGGCACUUUUGUCAACGAGGCCAUAGUCGGUCGCAACCAGCGGAGGGAGCUUUUGGAGCAAGACGAGAUCGCUGUCAAGGAUACAGCUCGUUUUAUAUUCCGGUAUCCUAAAUAUCGUCAAACCAGCGCAUUCUCGCAGCAGUACACACUGCUGGGCAAGCUUGGCAAAGGGCACUUCGCUGAAGUCUUUGCAUGCGUUGAGAAAUCCACAGGGCAGCGCUAUGCGGUCAAAAUAUUCUCCAUGGUCCCUGGUUUGGAAGAACGGUCCAGGACAGAAGGUCUCCAGCUGGAGAUUGCUGUAUUGAUGGGCGUCAGUCAUCCCAAUGUGCUGUGCUUAAAGGAUACCUUUCACGAGGGCAAUGCAGUGUAUCUGGUGCUUGAGCUGGCCCCGGAAGGUGAACUUUUCAACUUCAUUGUUAUGAAGCAAAAGCUUUCAGAGGCUGAGAGUCGGAAACUGUUCACCCAACUUUUCCACGGUGUCAAAUACUUGCAUGACCGAAACAUUGUCCACCGCGAUAUCAAACCGGAGAACAUCUUGCUGGUUGACAAGGAUCUGCACGUCAAAAUUGCCGAUUUUGGGCUUGCCAAAAUUAUCGGCGAGGAGUCCUUCACGACGUCUCUGUGUGGCACGCCUAGCUACGUCGCACCCGAAAUUCUCGUUGAUGGCCGGCAUCGCAAGUACACGAAAGCUGUUGACGUAUGGUCGUUGGGCGUUGUGCUUUACAUCUGCCUGUGCGGAUUUCCGCCGUUCUCCGACGAGUUGACGAGCGAAUCAUUCCCUUAUACCCUCACUCAGCAAAUAAAAAACGGUAUCUUUCACUACCCGUCGCCAUACUGGGACUCGGUCGGUGAUCCAGCUUUGAGCUUGAUUGACUGUAUGCUUGUCGUUGACCCAGAAAAGCGGUAUACCAUCGAUCAAUGCCUGGCUCACCCAUGGAUGACGCAAGCGCAACCCUCCGUUCACGACAGCACGGAUGGCCUCGUUGGCGGCUUCGCUGGCCUUGAGGUGAACAGACGUGGUAUUGUCCGGGAAAGGACACUCCUCUCUUCGAUCAACUCUGUUCAAGUCACACGUGUACCUGCAGGCCCGAACCAAGAACCAGUCAAGGUAUUCAUCAAGAACCCCAAGGAUGGCAAAGCAAACCGUGCACCAGAACCGGGCCCGUCUCAGAAUCGACGGCCAGAUGAGUUCAUCGAGAUGGGCGGUAAAGGGGAUCAACCUUUGUUUGGCCAUGACGGCGGGAGUAACUAUCCUUCAGCCGAUAUCGCCUCUCAAAAGACUGCCAUAAGUCAGCCUGCUCUCAAUGGCGCAGAAACUUCUAAGGACGACGAAGUUAAAGAAAUCAAUGCGAAUGGAAAGACCAAGCCCACGGCGGCAGGCAAGGGCAAGGAACACUGAACCGUGGAACAACUACAUCCACAACAGAUUGAGUUGGAAAACUCGCAUGGGUAAGAUACCCAACUUGUAAACUUUAGUAGAUAACACUCCGUCUGUUUGACUGCAGCUUGAUUUAUGUUUGGUGUUACAAGGAGUGGGAGGGAUAUCAAGUUUGGAGUUCGUUCUUUACCGCUUGAGCAUGAUGGGAACGAUUUGGGCGACAUUUAGUGUUGCUAUCAACCUCGGAUUCUGUGAAUAGUAAAUUUGUUUCACUUCCUGCGGUGGCCGCCAGAUAUUAAUUGUGUUAUUGAAAACAUUUAGAUAUGUAUCCAUCCAAAAUGUUAACAUUAACUUAGCCUCCUCAUCCCCUUGCCUCCUAGGCCCUAUGUUUAUAUUGCCACGUACACCGACAUAAUUUUCAGACAUUUGUAGCCAGAGGAUAUAGGCACAAAAACUGAAGUUGAGGACAAGAGAAGAUAACAAUCAAAACGACUUGGCAUCAAAG